GAAGAAGAGAAGACUUUGGUAAAGGAUCCGAAGAAAACGGGUUACUUAAGAAAAACAGUGUGUUAUUACGGUUCUUAUAAUCUUCUCUUAAUACCUCUCUCUCUCUCUCUCAUUUUCUUCUUGUUUAUAUUUUUGAUUGACACGAAAAGGACAGAGAAACAACUUAGACAAUAGAGAGGCAGAGAAAGAAGAAGGACAAAAAACAGAGGAUUUUUUUUUCAAAGAUCCUCUUCUUCCUCUUUUCUUUUUGCCCCUUCCUCUGUUCUUCUUCCUCUGGUCUUGAAGAUACAUGAAUCAACAUCCCAUUGUUAUGAAUGUUGUUGAUGCAUUCCCUUAUAUAAACAUAACUUCUUACAAGUGAUAUCUCCGAAAGAUUUUUUAAAAAAGGCUCAUUACAAAAGACUUUGAUUUCGUUUGAGCUUAGCUGGUGAAUGUAGUAGUAGUACUCUCCAAAGAAAAAAUAUGGGUGGCUGCGUUUCUUCCCAGAGAAAGCUAAGCAACAAGCUUCAACAGAAGAAGCAUAAGCGCGGCAGAUCUGGCAAAUGUCGGUCCAAAAUCUCGGCUUCUAUGCCUGAUGUUCCUAUGAAACGCAUGAGCAAUGCCAGUGUUAGGGAUUUUGCGGUGAGCGAAUACGUUCAUCUUGAUUUCGACAAUUGUGCUGCCAAGAUGAUGUGUAAGCGAGCUGAGAUGUCUAACGCUAACUUCCAUGUCACUCAGCUUCAAUGGAACUGCAGCCAAAUCGAUGGCAACCGAAUAUCACAUGAGGAAGCUUGGUAUGAUUCCUUUAGCUACAUCGAUUCUGAUUCUGAUGAUGGUUCAAAUAGUAGUGUCUUUGAAGAUGCAAAUGCUUCUGCAAUGGGACAAGUGAUUCAGUAUGAAGAGUUCUACGAAAGUUACCUGAAAAUAGAUGGAAACAAAGCUGAAUCAUACUCAAGCAAGAAUGAAGUUAGUAUAAAGAGAAACCAAGUGGCUGAUGAAUCUCACCAUGAGACUUACAAGACUACUACUUGUGAAGAUCAUCAAGAUCACAGGAAGAAGUCAUCAAAAGUUGUUAUGGUUUCUGUGCGAAGAACAUCUAUCGAUAGCAAAUCAACAGCAUCUGAUUUCUCUUCAGCUGAGAAGCUCUUGUACCGUCCAAAAGCCGGUUCUGUGAUUCAACGUUCUUUGGGUGAGAAACUAAGCAGUCAAGGAAGCUGGUCAGAGCUUUCUCCGUCGAGUUUCAAGCUCCGUGGAUUGAACUUCUUCAGAAACAAGCAAAAGAGUCCUGCACCAAAUUGUAGUCCUUACAUACCAAUUGGAGUUGAUCUUUUCGCAUGUCCUAAGAAGAUCAACCACAUUGCUCAGCACAUUGAGCUCCCCAAUUUGAAACCAGUAUCAUCACAAGUCUCUGAUAUUCCCAAUCUCUUGAUUGUGAAUAUCCAGCUUCCAAUGUAUCCGACCUCUAUGUUUGGUGACUAUGAUGGUGAAGGACUUAGCUUAGUCUUAUACUUCAAAUUGAAUGAGAAUUAUCGCAAAGAAAUCUCAUCUCACUUUCAAGAAACCAUCAAGAGAUUUAUGGAUGAUGAAGUGGAGAAAGUCAAAGGAUUCACAAGAGAAUCAACAGUUCCAUUCAGAGAGAGGUUGAAGAUCAUGGCCGGAUUGGUAAACCCUGAGGAUCUUCAGCUAAGCUCUACUGAGAGGAAACUUAUCACAGCUUACAACGACAGACCAGUUCUUUCUCGUCCGCAACACGAUUUUUUUCGGGGACCAAACUACUUUGAGAUCGAUUUGGAUAUACACAGAUUCAGUUACAUAUCAAGGAAAGGACUCGAAUCUUUCAGGGAUAGGAUCAAGAAUGGAAUUCUUGAUUUGGGGUUAACUAUUCAGGCUCAAUCACCAGAGGAACUGCCAGAGCAAGUACUGUGUUGUGUCAGGCUGAACAAGAUUGAUUUCGUGAAUCACGGACAGAUUCCAACGCUUUUAACUAACAAACAAUGAUUGGGCUUUCGGAUCUGAUUCACUACAAAAUAACAGAGAGAGAAGGAUCAACCAAUCAAUCAAAUCAAUGGGGAGAGCAAAGAGACAAAAGCAGAAACAGCGAACCUUUUCAUAUAUUUGUAUCGUAGAGACAAAAGAAGAAGAAAAUAUCAUUGUCUUUUUUGGAAACCAUAUCUGCUCCGCAAAUUAUUAAAUCACAUGAAAAAGAAAAGAUUCAUUUGUACAAACGUCAUUGUUUCUUACUCUCACAGCUCACUGUUCAAAAGCCCUUUAGAAACAAACAAUGCUCUGUAAAUCUCAAUAAGCAAUGACUAUGAGAUAAACGAA